AGAUACAAACUAUUAUAUACAGAAUGGAUAAACAACAAGGUCCUACUGUAUAGCACAUGGAACUAUAUUCAGUAUCCUGUGUAAACCAAUAACGGAAAAGAAUAUGACAAAGAAUGUAUUAAUAUGUAUAACUGAAUAACUGUGCUGUACAGUAGAAAUUAACACAACAUUGUAAAUCAACUAUACUUCAAUUAAAAUAAAUUUUUUAAAAAGGUGUACAUAUAGUACAAAAUUACUCACCUAUAAAAAAGAAUGACAUAAUGCCAUUUGCAGCCACAUGGAUGGACCUAUAGAUUAUUCAAUUACCUGAGAUAAACGAUAAUGGAAAAGAAAAUUUAAAAGAAUAUGUACAUAUAUAUAUAUAUAUAUAUAUAAAACUGAAUCACUGCUGCACAGAAUAAAUGAACACAGCAUUGUAAAUCAACUAUAUCUCAAUUGAAAAAAGUUUUGAAACAAAGCACAGGAAUCUAAGCUAAAAGUAUGGAAAUAAACACUGCAGUUAGAGUUUAUCAGAAUGUUGUAAAAAAUGUUUUCUCCAAACUAGAUUGUUUCCCCCUUUUAAACAUUUUAAACUUUAAAGCCUGAUUUCCAGGUUUAAAAGUUAUGAGGGACUUCCCUGGAGGCGCAGUAGUUAAGAAUCCACCUACUAAUGCAGGGGACACAGGUUCGAGCCCUGGUCCGGGAAGAUCCCACAUGCCGCGGAGCAACUAAGACCAGGUGCCACACUACUGAGCCUGUACUCUAGAGCCCACAAGCCACAACUACUGAGCCCGCGUGCAACAACUACUGAGGCCCAUGUGCGUAGAGCCCGUGCUCCGCAACAACAGAAGCCACCGCAAUUAGAAGCCGGCGCACGGCAAGGAAGAGUAGCCCCACUCGCCACAACUAGAGAAAGCCCACGCGCAGCAACAAAGACCCAAUGCAACCAAAAAUAAAUUUAUUUUAAAAAAAAGGUAAUGAAAUAAGACUGUACAAUCAAGUGCCAAAUAAUCAGGUAACUAUUUUUAAAUCAAUAUUUUCCUUGGUGACUUUCUCAAGCUCAAUUUCUGUUAAGUGCUUCAGUUAAAAGAAGGCUAGAUGCAACAUAAGUAAGGUGCACAUGGUAAGGUCUAAACUUUGAGUUCACUUGGUAAAUCAGGAACGGGCUCAGAGGAGAAUGGUUUUGUAUCUCAUACUAGGAGACUCUAGACGUCCGAAAGAACCUAGGGUUAACCUUCCUUUCUCUGUCUUGUUCCUGGAAAUUUCCAUGGAGAAACCAACUCUGCAUGUCAAAUAAAAUGAGAAGAGUGUCUCAAAUGAGCUCACAAUUUCGAAAUCCUAUUGAAAAGCUGCACUACUUAGCUAGGUGCCUAUUCUCUGCUGGCUGGGAUUAGAUUAGAGUUCUAUAAGAGUGGUGAGACUGGCUGGUAAAUCUGCCACAGUAAAUUAUCUUCCAUUAUUUAACAAACAUUGGGUGAGUGCCACCUGGUGUGCAACACAUGCUGCUAAGUGCCAAAGAGUUUUUUUUUACCUUGCCCCCAGCUCAGCACCAGGACUCCUUAGAAAUUCAGAGUACUUGAGGGAUGAGUUCAUGUCAGUCCCUCGCUAUCUGGGGAGACUUUUUCAAGAAAAGCUGAAAUUGCUGGAGGCUACGUUAGCACCCUCUGGGUACAGACCCUGUAACCUGCCUCACACCGCUAGCCCUUUGUAACCACCAAAGAUUUCAGAAGGGGGACUGAAUGUAGGCUUUGAAGGUAGAAGGCACACGUGGCAGCCAGGGGUAGAGGUCUGAGCCCACAAAGAGACAUGGUUACAAAUUCGGCUUCUAAAGUAGCCCUUUCUUAACCAUUUUGUCAUCACCAUUGCACUGGUGAAAGCAAUGGUUCUCCCAAUAGGAAAAGGCAAUUCCCCGGCACACGUACUUACAAAUGAUUUCAGAAGAUUGAUACGUCAGAAACCUCAGGUCUUGGAAGUCAUGUCGGCAGAAGCGUUUUGCACCUGAGUUUUAAAGCCUCGCCUACAACAGUCUUAAGUGGCAGAGCCCAAUUUACAUGCCGCACAGUAUCUGCUUUGCCGCGUUCGCCAAUUUAGUCUUGCUGCUGAGUUCCCUAACCCGGGUCUGGGUCUCAGCCCCCGAUUUCUGCCUCGAGACUCCAAGAUGCACUGAACCCGCGAUCCGCCAUCCUGAAUCCUUCCCUUGCACAUCUUGCCUUUCCCGGCUCCGCGCCCAAGUGCACUUGCGCGCUUCCAACCGGUUAUUCCAUUCCCCGGAUCCCCCACCGCCCUGCCUGAGGACAGCCAGUUUCAGAUAUCCAGUUCCCCUGCCCCAAGGUUUUAUUCGCUUGCAUCAGUGCCACCGCUGCGGUUAAGAAGCAGAAAAUUGGAAUAAGGGCAUCUUGGAAGUUAGGUGUCCUGAGCCCGGGGACCACCAACCUGCAAGGGGAAGAGAUGUGCCGCGAGGCAGCUGCCGUGUCGAACAAAACACUGAAGCUUCUUGACACUGAGGUGUGGGGCGUGGACCUGUGGCUAGGGUCACUAGUGGCUCGUUUCGGCUAGUUUCGGUUCCGCCUGAGAAAACCAGCUACCUGGGAUCCGUGUUUUAUUCCACCGCCCCGCGAUGCUGCCGCAGUGCUUGCCGCGCUGGAGGGUCUGUACAGGCUGCUUGGAUCUUGCGCUAUGUGCUCAGACCCAGCAAUACUGCGGACAGUGAGAAGCUUCGUUUUCUGCAUUCUAUCUGCUGAGGACGGCAAGUCAGCACCUCAGACCUUCCUGGAAGGCUUAGAGCAGGAGCUCUGACAGAGAGAUCCAGAAACGUGCUGGGCAGUGUGUAGGAGAGUCGAGGUUGCUGGGUAAUUGGGCUUUACAGAGCACACUUACUGAGAGUCGGUGCAGGUUUCGUGGAUGCAGGUCCUAAUCAUGCCGCUCUGCGCAUACUUAGGGCGGGACUGAGCGCAUCACCUGGAUGCCGCUGAGCGCCAGUGUCGUUUUGUGAGUGCCUGUGGUUUGGGACUGGGCACAUGUUUGGAGAAAGUACUAAGUUUGUGUGUGUGUAGAGUAUGACUGAAGUGAGAGCGAGGAUUGUACUCCGCUGAACUCUUCAGCACCAUCAAGCUUGGCGGGCUUUCUAGCAGAGGACUGAACUGCAGUAGACGUGGGUGCAGGGCUGGAAUCACAGGUCACUGGAACGUCUUGGCAAACAGCAGCCGGAAGCAAGGGGCAGCUGGGCAAAUGGUUCCAGAAGGAGGCUGAACUUUAGGUGAUGAAUGGUGGGGGAGGAGGUGUGGGGCUAGAGGUCCGCUUGGAAGCUUUUAGCCUUGCACUUCCGUGCUCAGGCCCAGCAGGGCAUCCAGCCCCCCAUUAACCCACAUGAUGGACCAACCAACAUGACUCCAGGCAGCUGCACAGGGUGCUGAUUGGGAAGAUGGAUUGCAAUCCCACAGAAUCCCCUAUGAACUUCCCUGGUAAGCACUUCUAGAUCCCCACCUGGGCAGAUAACAGGUACACACUUAGUAAUGAUAACUUUCCUUCAAGAUGAGAAUAUGAUCCCCAUUUCAUAGAUAAGUAUACUGAGGCACUAGAAGUUACUAGCCCACGAUGUUUCCACCUGGAAAAGGAACAGCUGCAACAGAGUUCCAGUGUGACAAAGUUUUUGAUCCUCUGUGUCUGAUACCCACAAACCCUGCCCUCCUUUUCGUGAUUCCAGCUGCCUGAAUCAGACCCCCUGCUUGGGCACAGAAUCAUCAACUCUACUGUGCAUUAACCCUCGAAGCUGCACUUGCACGGAGGUCUGCGGUCAGACCUAGGGGAGACAGCAUUCCUUGUAAUGCUGGACUCUGCCCGACAAGAUCGCACAGCUGGGGAUGGAGUGGGACACGUACGUGUUCAAAACCUGCGAAACCGAACAGGUUCUGGACGCAAGUGAUGACACAAUCCUUCUGGGGCUCAGAUCCUUCCCCUCAUUGGCUGCCCAGAGCUCCUGGACCACCCCAGACCCAGAGCAGCGGGAAUAAGAGCAGCUGCUGGUGUUGGGAGGCAUCAGACGCACUGCCCAGCUCGAGUGUCACUGCCACUUCUGCCACCGUGCCAUCGCCUGAAGCCAAAGCUACUGCCACUGCUCCCUCCUCUGCUCCAAGCCACCUGGCUCCUGCUGCCAGGUAAGCCUGGAGAUUCCUGCUUAGCUGGGAUUCUGCUUUUCUCUCUCUCCCCUCUCUUCCUUCUCUCUCUCCAUUACUUUUUCUUAGCUGAUCUCUUCCAGUCUCAAAGGCUCUGUCCACUUCUGUCUAGGUCAUUUCACACAACCUGCAUUACUCUGCAACGCAUCCCAGGCGUCUUCCACAGGUAACACUGGAUGGUCUCAGUUCACGCACUCCCUGCUUCACUCUCCCCGCGCUGAGGCGGGCUCCAGUUUCCUUUCCCGAAGCACACGUGCUUAGGUCAGUUUGGGAUGCUGGAGCUCCCCUGGCACUGCAAGCAGAUCUGGACGCAGGAAUAGUUUUGUGCAGAUGGUGCUCUCACGGAUCACGUCUUGUGCCUAGCGGACCGCGGGAAAUGCUUCAGAACCUGGGCCAGCGCAAGCGGGAGCCAAAUAGAGAGUCGUCAUGAUCUUCUGGAAGUUCCCCCCCUUCCUGGUCCUCAGCAUCCUGGUCUUGUACCAGGCAGGCGUGCUCCACUCAUCGCCAUUCAGGUUGGCUUUUGAUAGUCAUUUUGAUCCUGCUACACUCAAUGAGGAGGAAUUCCGCCUCCUACUGGCUGCAAUGGUGAAUGACUAUGAGCAGAUGAGGGCCCGUGAGCUGGAGAAGGAGCAGAAGACACGGGGCUCCAGCAUCACUGCCCGGAAGAGAGCCUGCAACACUGCAACCUGCACGACCCAUCGGCUGGCAGGCUUGCUGAGCAGAUCUGGGAGCAUGGUGAAGAGCAACAUGUUGCCCACCAAGAUGGGCUUCAAAGUCUUUGGUGGGCGUCGCAGGAACUUUUGGAUCUGAGCAGCGAAAUGAUUCUAGGAAGAAGGUCGCUAUGAAGCUGAACUCUACUUCUUUUAGUUUGCAAUGAAAGCAACUUACAAAAAAAAUAGCCUAGAAGACACCCAUGUAUGCAUGCUUCUUGACAUUGAAAACACUUCUUUUGUUUGAAAUAAACUAAAUGCAGA